AAUGGAAGACUGUCCUUGUGUGUGCAUGAUGGAGUUGACUGAUGGGGCCGAGGGCAGGGAAAAGAACACCCAAAGGCUUGGAAAGCCCCAGCUGUGGGGUCUUUGCCAGCAGAAUUGCCCCUCCCACCUCAGCCUUGCCUCUGGAGGGAUUGAAGUUCGUAUCUGCUCCUGGCUGGGGCCUGGAAUGGAGUUUGGGCGCCUUGGAGCAGGGAGCUGAAUCAGGAGGGCCCUACCCUGUGGGCCCCUUCCAGUGCCCUGGUUUCCAACCCAGGGAUGGAGCCACACACUGAUGGAGACACCUCUUGAGAAGGCCCUGACCACUAUGGUCACCACUUUCCAUCAAUAUUCGGGGAGAGAAGGCAGCAAACUGAUCCUGAGCAGGAAGGAACUAAAGGAGCUGAUCAAGAAGGAGCUGUAUCUUGGAGAGAAGAUGAAGGAGAGCAGCACUGAUGACCUGAUGAAGAGCCUGGACAAGAACAGUGACCAGGAGAUCGACUUCAAGGAGUACUCGGUGUUCCUGACCACGCUGGGCAUGGCCUACAACAACUUCUUCCUGGAGGACAGCAAAUGACCGGGGCUCAGCCCCUUCCCCCUGGUCUCUGCAACUUCUCUCACAGCUCCUCUCUGGCCCCUUGUCCUCCUCUCCCUUCUGGAUGGACCCUGCUUCAGCCUUCCCUUCCAGCAGAGGAAAUAAAGAUUUUCCAUUCCUGGCUGGUUUUGAAGAUGUCUUGUCCACCUUGCCUGGGGGUGGGUGGGGCAAGGCAGAACUUCUCCUUGAGUGUGUUGAGAGCCUCUGGGAGUUAGGGUCCUCGGCUUCCACCCCACUUCCUGCCCUUCUUCAGUGUGGAUGUCACUGAGCUUGCUGGGUUUAGUUUUGCCUCUCCGGAAAAUGGGGAAGUUGGGCCAGGCUUUCACUUGCCUCCCAGAGAAAGCGAAGAGGAAGUGCUCUGAUAGAGCAUACGCAGUGAGGGAGCUGGGGGAGGCUCCUGAGGGCAGUGGUGGACAAGCCAGUCUGAGGCCACAGGAGGCCACCGGGACGACACCCCAUGCCAGCCCCCUUUCCCCCUCGGCAGCUAGCCCUACCCACCUCACCACGAUCAUCUGUGGGGUUCAGUGCUUCCGCUGUCUCCACUUCCCCCUGAGAAAUUCCUGUCUCAGGAGAGGAUCUGGAAAACCUUUUCACUGGAGGGUACAUAACUCAGGCAAGCGCCAGGGUGCACAUUGCCCGGCAAGAGGCUGAA